CGCGGCCCCGGCGGCGGCGGCGCUGCGGGCCGCGCUGCUGGCGCUGGAGGACACGAGCGCCCCGGUGGACGGCGCGCUCAUCGGCAUCGCGGCCGCGCAGGCGUCGCGCCUGGCGCUCCGGGAGGUGAUCGACGCGCUGUGCGCCUUCGCGUGGUGCCGCCUGGCGCAGUGCGGCGGCCGCGAGGUGGCCGAGCUGGCCUCCGCAGCCGUGAAGCACGGCUGCGGCGACGACACGUUCUUCCACUUCGUGGGCGCGUUCUGCCGCGAGAAGCCCAGCGCCUUCGGCAGCCUCCGCGACGUGGCGCUGAUGUCGGCAUCGCUGCUGAAGCGGACGGACCCCUGCGGCACCUCCGGGCCGCGGCUGGACUGCGCCGCCGCCUUCCGCGGCCUGGCCAUCGCCGCGAUGCCGCACCUCAGGCGCUCCGACUCGGGCGAGGGCCAGUCCUGCGUGCGCGACGCGUCGGAGUUCUUGUACGCGCUCGCGCACGUCCUCGACCGCAGGUGGGCAGACAGCAGCGAGCCCCUGCACCGGAGCCCGAUCGCCUUCGAGGCCAUCUCAGCGGGCGUGUCCUGCGCACGCCGGCACCUCCACCACGCCUCCCCGCAGGACAUCGCGAAGUUGGCGGGCGCCGCCGCGGCGGCCUGGACGCUCAUGAGCCAGCUGCGGGUGUCCACCCUGCAGCCCUUUAUUUCCGACCUCGCGCAGGCCGUGCGCUUCCGGCACCGCGACUUCAACGCCAAGGACGUCGCGUCGAUCGUCGUGGCCUUCGCCAAGCUGGACGUCAUGGACGACGUGGUCGCGGAGGUGCUGCCAGAGCAGGUGGAGGCGAGGGCGUCGGAGUUCCCCGACAAGGACCUCAGCCUGCUCCUCUGGGCCUGCUCCCGCCACGGCUGCAUGGGCAGGCGCUGCGCCGAGGCUGCCAUGAAGGAGUUCCAGCGGCGCGACCUCUCGCGGAUGGCCGUGGUGGACCUGUGCAUGGCCUCGCAGGCCCUCGCGAGGCUCGGCCCCAGUGCCAAGGCGGCGCUCUGCCUCGCGGCCGGCGAGGCCUUCAACAGGCAGCUGCACAAGUUCUCCACCGCGGACAAGGCUCUGUUCAUGUGGUCGCUCGCGAAGUCCAGGGUCGUGCACCUGGCCCUGUGCCGGCUCCUGAUCAGGCACCUGGCUGCGGAGUGUUGUGGGAAGCUGCCUCGGGACAUCGUCAGCACCACGCUGUGGACCACGGCCGUGAUCUGCCCCUCGCUCCCUGCGGGCGACGAGUGGGCGAGGAAGUUGGUGCAGGACGUCUGCGAAGCACAGCCCUGGGUGGGCGCCUCGCCGUUCGAGGUGGCCAACGCUUGCUGGGCCUUCGGGCAGGUGCCGCUGGAGUGGGUGAGCAGAUUCUGGCCAGCGUUGGUGGCCUCGGCGGAGAAGCUCAAGCCAGGCGACCUCGCGUUGCACGAGCUCUGUAACCUCCUGAGCGGCCUGCCCCUGUGCCCCGCCGGGGUUCGCAGCUCCCCGCAGCUGUCGGAGCAGGUGCUGGGCGAGGUGGUAGCACGCGUCCGGAACGGCGCGCGCGUCUCGAUGCACGACAAGCGCUCCCUGAGGGGCAUGCUGUCCGUCCGCAGCAAGGGGGACUGGCCCACGCUGCCCGGGCUCGAGGAGCUGGACGUGCUCGUCAACGGCCAGCCCAGCGGCGCCCCCGCGGGCGCCGCGCCGCCUGAGGCCUCCGCGUGGGUGGCGGUGCCCGUGCUCGUCAGCGUCGCGCCCGCGCCCCAGCAGGAGGCCGACCAGGCGGCCGGGUGCACGCCGCGGCCGCAGCAGCCUGCGAGCGCGGGCGCCGGCGCGGCCCACGGCGCGCAGAGCACCGGCGGCGGCGAGGGCCAGCAGCAGGACCACCGCAAAGCCGUGGAGGGCCACGGCCCCGCCAGCAGGCCUGCCGCGGCGAACCCGCAGCGGGUGCGGGCGAAGUCGCCGGUGUGGAGGGUGCCCCCCGAGGGGUGCCCGUAUGAGCACCCCCCGCGGGAGUGUCCCGAGGGAUGCCCGUGGCUCGACGACGAGGGCAUGGAGGACCUCAGGUCGCCCGACCUGACCCCGAGGCGCCACUACCACGAGGCCGACAGCGCCAGGAUGACGUGCCGCAACGUCACUUGCUGCCCGAGCGUGGACGGCAGCGACCUUGUCGUGGGCGACAGCGCGAUGCAGGUCAACAGCCACUGUGACUUCCCCGGGCACUGCGUGCAGCUGCGAAACACGUUCAUCUCGAGUGCACCGCCGCGGACGAGGACUGCGUCAUCUGUGGCAUGCGUGGCCGCCAGCGGGCCCGCUCCGCCGACACCCUCCUGGCCGCCACCGCGCAGGGCGAGUCGCCAGCGCACAGGCCGCGGCCCGACCCCGACGGCGCGCCUGCCGAUGGCGCCGGCGCCGCCGCGGAGACCCCGCCGCCGGCGCCGAGCCCUCCGACGGCCACCAAGAGGUCCGGGAGCCGCACGAGCGCCGGCAGCCGCUCGAGCGCGAGCGCCGCGAGCGGUGGCAGCGAGGGCAGCGGCAGCUCCCGCGGCAGCGGCCCGCUGGCGUGGCAGUGAAGCGCUGCCCCGCAGCGGCGGUACACGUGCGAGGGAGCGGCGCGGAGGUGGCGUGCUCGCGGGGCGCCCUGGCGCAUGCCUUGGCGGGAGCGCGCAGGGGGGGGCGGCGGGCGGGAGAGGGGCAGGUUGGCCCUCUCGCGUCGGGCGCCCCCCUGCGCCGCAUGGGGAGCGUGAGGCUCGGGUCCGCUGAGAAGCCUCCAGGAGGCCCGAAGAGGAUGGAAAACGCAGCCACUUUCUCGACUGGCCCUCCUCCGACGUGCCUGCGCCGCACCAGCGCAGCCUAUUGCGGGAUGCCCCAGCCGUUCGCCUUCGGUACCGACCGCCCUUGCUUUGGGAGGCCAACCGACCACGAGUCGGGCAGCCGAAUUGCCUGAUUAGCUCCGAGGCCGUCUGGGGCACGAUUCGGCGGGAUGUUAUCGCCGCAUGGGCGCAGAGCCUUCUGCGGAAUGCCACGCUGUCUUGGCAUAUUUCCUCCUCGGCCAUGAGGGGGACGAGGAGGACAGAAGAAGAACAAUUGCGUAAACAUCAAUUUUCGGAGCUCCACGCAGAUGUCGUGGAUCGGCGCUGGCCUCCCUGGCGGCGCCUCCAGCGCCGCCCUUGGCGCGCUCUGCGCACCAGGGCAGAGAGAGGGGUCCUGCGCUGAUCCAAAAAUCCACAUGGACCUCCGAACUUCGAACUUUUUUGUUUAUGCCGGUUACUGUUCCUCUAGAGGAGAACGGAUCAGUGAAUAUUUACCGAGGGGUGCAUUUUUCUUGCGUCGUGCGGCGCACGGCCCGUCGUAGCGCGCAUCUCCUGAGCGCAGGCGCGUGAGGGGUGAUUCUUGCUG